AUGUUCCUAGCUAGCUUUAGUCCCGUCGUUCAAUCUACAUCCGCUCCCUCCUUCGCGCCCGACGACGAAGGCCAGGUCGUCGCAGGGUACACGUUGGGGCCCAUCAUCGCCCGCGGCGGUUUCUCAGUCAUCAGGCGCGCAAGCUCCGCCGCGGGCGGCACCGUCGCCGUCAAGAUCGUUCGCCGGUCCGAGAUCUCCAAGCAGCCCGACGCCGCGCUCGUCCGCAAGAAGCUCGAGCGCGAAGCCGAGACGUGGGCCUCGCUCAGCCACGAGCACAUUCUCCCGCUCUUCGCGUCCUCUCACACCGCCUUCGCCGACUUCUUCGUGAUGCCGUACUGCCCCGCCGGCACGCUGUUCGACAUCCUCUCGCGCGAAGGACGCCCGGGGCUCCCGCCGGACGACGCGGGCAUGCUCUUCCGCCAGGUCGUCCGCGGCCUGCGCUACCUGCACGAAACCGCCGAGAUCGUGCACCGCGACAUGAAGCUCGAGAACGUGCUCGUCGACGAGUCGGGUAUAUGCCGUAUCGCGGACUUUGGCAUGGCGCGCCGCAUCGGCGAGGCGGGCGAGGACGAGGAAGACGUCAUCGCGAGCUCGCAGUCGAUGAGCUUGCCCGCGGCUACGGCGGCUGCGGCGUCGACGCUGUUGAGGAGGAAGAGCACGCUUGCGCCGCGGGCGCUGCGCGAGCGGAUGCAGCAGCAUGCCCGGCGGAAGGCGUCCAACCCGCUCCCGUCUUCCGCUGUACCGCAGGCCCACCAGGCGUACGAGUCGGGCUCGCUGCCGUACGCGGCGCCGGAGCUGCUCAUCCCGCACGAACGCGCGCUCCCGGCCGAUCCCGCGCAAGACAUAUGGGCCCUCGGCGUGAUGCUCUACGCCCUUUUGGUCGGUCGACUGCCGUUCAUGGACUCCUUCGAACCCCGGUUGCAGAUGAAGAUCCUACAUGGUACGUGGACUGCCGCAAAUGGGACGAGAACGGCCAUCGGCGCCGAAGCGGAGCGCGUCAUCGACGGAUGCCUGGAGCGUGACGUCGACGAGCGUUGGACGAUCGCGAUGGUAGACGACGUCGCGUGGGGCGUCGGGUGG